AAGCAGUCGGGAGGUGAUGUAUAUCAUAUAUGUGCUGUUAAAGCCUCCUCACUUUCUGAUUUGUCACAAUGAAAUAUUAAUGGUCCAUCAGCAGUGCUUUGAGGGAGCUUAUAUUGCAUUUUUGAGUAGACGGCUAGUAAUGUACAAUAGACAAAUCCCAAGGCACCAGGCCAUUCAAGGCUAGCAUUGCAUUUUCAAUUAGGCUCUGAGUGAAUCCUUGGCAUGUGCAGAAGCAAAACUGGUACACAAUUAGCUUAUUGUUCUUUCAGCUUUGUGCACAGACGAUCUGAAGGACUAAGGAAAAAAGCCAGCUUCAAGAAUUGCUAUUGAUGUGGAAUAAGGGAGUUGCUCUGUUCAUGCAGUUACACUUGCUAACCCAGGAAUUUACAGCUAUUAUCAAGUAGCAGUCAGACUCACUCCACGGCGUGUGCCAAGGGCUAUAGUCACUGAGAAACCUGCUCUUUUCCAGGAGGCUUUGUUUCAUCUGCCAUCAGCUCAGAAAUGGAACCCAAUAGUCCCAAGAAAAUACAGUUUGCUGUGCCAUUAUUUCAGAGUCAGCUGGAUCCAGAGGCCUCAGAGCAGAUAAGAAAGAGAAGACCCACACCCGCAUCGCUGGUUAUUUUGAAUGAGAACACACCGCCAGUAGAUGACCAGAGGACAAACAGUACAAAUGAAGAAAAUGUGUCCCCUAGGCAAAGGAAGCAGAGUGUAUUCACAGCACCGGCCAUGAAAGCGGUUAAGCAGAUAAAAAAACAGAAUGAUUCUUCAUUUCCUGAGGAAGAGGAGGAUGGAGAGGAUGAAGAGGAGGUGUGUGAUCACUAAACAAAUUCCUUCACCUUUUGGUUUUUGUUUAUAUGGACUAUUGUUGUCUACAGAGCCUUGUUCUAUAGAUUAACACUUUUACACAGAAUGCAUCAAAUGCGCAGUGGGAGGGGUUUCUUCAAGUGAAAAAAAAAAACAACCUUCCUCAGCAAAAUAAAGGAAAAUCAUGUAAAUUAUAAAAUAUCCACACUACUGUCAUCUUUAUGGGGCAUUUCUGUUGACUGAUACUGCUAACAGAUGAGACAUAUAACCCAAUGUAAAUAUACAAACCACUGUAAAGAUAUUAAACUGACAUUUGGAGACAUGGGUGAAAAAUAAGGGAGUUUUGUAAGUGUGCCGAGAAUUAAUUAAAAUUGAAUCUUCAAUGUACAUUGUAGCAAGACUUCAAAGAGGAAGUCCAAUAAAUGAGAUCUAAUAACUUGAUUUAUAAAUUGGUGCAUUAAAUGUUUUUUGCUAGCA